AUGGAUGUUUUAACCCGGCCUGCAGAAGAAUUUGGGAACGAUGAAACCUUGGAGCAUUUGUGGGCGGCCAAAGCCAUGGAACACAGCGAUAUAUAUUUUAAUGUUCUCUGCUCUGUAGACACAAGAUUGCUUCGUCUAACACCUCAUGAUGACUUAAUAUAUACUCAAUUCAGACAAGAUUUUCCUGACUUAGAUGUUAGAUGCAUAAAUGAAAGUGAAAUAAAGAAUAAUGUUAACAAAGCUAGAUGGAGGGUGUUCUGUGAAAAAUUCAAAAAUAUUGUUGAAGACUAUAGUUUCGGCACUUUAUUGAGAGCAGACACUAAUGGAGAUUAUUCAGAACAAAACACUAUCUUAGUGCCUCGAGUACAAUUUUAUGCUAUAGAGAUAGCAAGAAAUAGAGAAGGCUUGAACAAUGAAGUGAAGAAAAGAUUUAAAUGUGCAUCUAAAUUAAACAUGGAAGCACAAGAACAAAAAAUUGAAAUUGCAGCAUAA